AUGUCAUUUUAUUUCAAUCAACGUUAUCGAAGUUUCUCAUUAUUGAAAUUCGUUCUCUUAGUCAUUUCUCUGCUACUUCUGCUUGUUUAUUUAUUUAUUUCCAAUUCUUCCGACCCGAUAUGCGAUCCCGAACAACAUCUAUGGUGGUUUUGUUCAUGGCCAGACCCUAAAACCACAGUUUGUCCAUGGAAUGAUCAUUUUUCUACCUUAUCAAAUACGAUUGGGACGCCUCAGGCUUAUCACAAAGUUCUUCGGUCUCUUCCAAAACGUCGUUCGUCUUUCCUCUUCAACAACUUAACUCUAACUCAGUGUAACGAAUCUUCUCUCGAUUUACUCAUUUUUAUCAUUUCCAAAUGUUCUCACGGUUCCAUUCGACAAUCGAUUCGACGAACCUGGGCUAAUCAACGCUUACUACAACAGUUCUUUCCUGAUCUUCACAUCAAACUAUUGUUUCUACUCGACAAUGACCCGCAUUCAACACCAAAACUCGUUCUUGAACAUCAGUUUUAUCAAGAUCUCGUUCAAGUCACCAAUCUUCCUGAACAGUAUGACUAUGUUACACAGCGCGAAUCAGCUCUCUACGAGUUCGUUGUCAAUCGUUGUCAACAAACAAGAUUUGUGUUCAAAACUGACGAUGACAUCUUCAUCAACACGAUUCUCCUAUUGUCAAAAGUUCAAUCGUUGACGAACAAUGCCAAAAUGAAAGAUAAAACGACAAACAAGUACCUAAUGUUUGGAUUUCCGAUCGAACAUGGCUUAGUUGUUCGUCAUAGUGCCGAUCAAGUUGGACAACGAUAUGUGAUCACAAAAGAUGAAUAUUCAUGUCCAAGAUAUCCCACAUUUCUGUCCGGUUUCGGUUAUUUGAUGACUGUGGAAACGUGUUCACUAUUGUUCGAUGCUUAUAUUCCACGAAUGAAGAUCAUUGAAAACGUGAACUAUCGAUAUGAAAGUCAAUGUAAUGAAGAGUUCUUUCGUGAGAAAGAGAACAGUGCAUUGGCAUGUGCAGCAUCGAAUGAUCAUUUUGAUGUAAAACAGUCGAAGGGUGGUGAUCGAAGCUUGAUGAACGACUAUAAUCGUUACUGGACAAUGUUAACGGAUCAAUAUGAUGUGCUAAGAAAUGACAAUAUCAAAUAG